GACAAGAAGAAGGAGAACAGCAGCAAAAUAAAGGGAACGCUGGAGGACCAGAUCAUCCAGGCCAACCCCCUGCUGGAAGCGUUCGGGAAUGCCAAAACUGUGAGGAAUGACAACUCCUCUCGCUUCGGGAAAUUUAUCCGCAUUCACUUUGGUGCGACGGGAAAACUGGCGUCAGCUGACAUCGAAACAUAUCUGCUGGAGAAGUGCAGAGUGUCCUUCCAGCUGGGGGCGGAGAGGAGCUAUCACAUCUUCUAUCAGCUGACCUGCAACAAGAAGCCAGAACUCAUUGACCUGCUCCUCAUCACCACCAACCCCUACGACUUCGCCUACAUCAGCCACGGCGAGAUCAGCGUCAAAAGCAUCGACGACGCCGAGGAGCUGAUGGCGACCGAUGAGGCCUUUGACAUUCUGGGCUUCACCGCCGAAGAAAAGAUGUCCAUCUACAAGCUGACGGGUGCCGUGAUGCAUUAUGGGAACAUGAAGUUCAAGCAGAAGCAGCGGGAGGAGCAGGCGGAGCCUGACGGCACUGAAGGUCACGUGAUUGGUCCAUUCCACGUUGCACUGGCGGUUCUCAUGCCAAUGAGGGACUUUGACUCACGGUUGAUCUCGUAUCUGCAGAGGCCGACAAAGCAGCUUAUCUGAUGGGUCUGAACUCUGCUGACCUGCUGAAGAACCUCUGCUACCCCCGUGUGAAGGUGGGCAACGAGUACGUCACCAAAGGACAAAACGUGCAGCAGGUAGGCCGGCGACGUGUCAUGGCUGCCAACGACGUUAGUUCACGCGUGGAGGAGGAAACGUGGCCUGCUUUUGAUGGGACUGAAUGAUGACCACUUCUCCAACCUUCUCCAUCCCUGCAGGUGUACAACUCCAUCGGAGCGCUGGCCAAGUCCGUCUACGAGAAGAUGUUCCUGUGGAUGGUGCAGCGCAUCAACCAGCAGCUGGACACCAAGCAGCCCAGGCAGCACUUCAUCGGCGUUCUCGACAUCGCCGGCUUUGAAAUCUUCGACUUCAACAGCAUGGAGCAGCUGUGCAUCAACUUCACCAACGAGAAGCUGCAGCAGUUCUUCAACCACCACAUGUUUGUGCUGGAGCAAGAAGAGUACAAGAAGGAAGGGAUCGACUGGGAGUUCAUCGACUUCGGCAUGGACCUGGCAGCCUGCAUCGAGCUCAUUGAGAAGCCCAUGGGCAUCUUCUCCAUCCUGGAGGAGGAGUGUAUGUUCCCAAAAUCCACAGACGCGUCCUUCAAGAACAAACUCUACGACCAACAUCUGGGCAAGAACAGCUGCUUCCUGAAACCCAAAGUGGUCAAAGGCAAGCCAGAAGCUCACUUCUCUCUGAUGCACUACGCUGGCACGGUGGACUACAACAUCAGCGGCUGGCUGGAGAAGAACAAGGACCCGCUGAACGAGUCCGUGGUGCAGCUGUACCAGAAGUCGCCGGUGAAGAUCCUAGCGAUGCUUUACGUCAGCUUUUCCGCCUCAGAUGAUGCACCUUCUGGAGGAGCCAAGAAGGUGGCGAAGAAGAAGGGAGCAUCUUUCCAAACUGUGUCAGCGCUGUUCAGGGAGAAUCUUGGGAAGCUCAUGACCAACCUGAGGACCACGCACCCCCACUUUGUGAGAUGCCUCAUUCCGAAUGAAACUAAAACUCCAGGCAUUAUGGAACACCACCUGGUCAUCCACCAGCUGCGCUGCAACGGCGUUCUUGAAGGCAUCCGCAUCUGCAGGAAAGGAUUCCCCAGCAGGAUCUUGUAUGGAGACUUCAAGCAGAGAUACAGGAUCCUAAAUGCCAGCGCCGUCCCGGAGGGACAGUUCAUGGACAACAAGAAGGCUGCGGAGAAGCUUCUGGGCUCCAUCGAUGUGGACCACACGCAGUACAAGUUUGGGCACACAAAGGUGUUUUUCAAAGCCGGCCUGCUGGGUGCUCUGGAGGAGAUGAGGGAUGAGCGCUUGGCUCAGAUUGUGAUGUCCACUCAGGCACGGUGCCGAGGGCACCUGAUCCGGGUGGAAUACCAGAAGAUGAUGGCCAGGAAGGAGGCCAUCUUCACCAUCCAGUACAACUUCCGUUCCUUCAUGAAGGUCAAACACUGGCCGUGGAUGAAGCUCUACUUUAAGCUCAAACCUCUGCUGAAGAGCGCCGAGGCCGAGAAGGAGAUGGCCCAAAUGAAGGUGGACUUCACCAAGCUCAAAGAAGAUCUCGCCAAGUCGGAAAACCGGCGGAAGGAGAUGGAAGAGAAAAUGGUCUCUGUUGUUCAAGAAAGGAACGACCUUCUCCUCCAGGUCCAGGCAGAGGCGGACAACCUGUUGGAUGCUGAGGAGCGAUGUGAGGGACUCAUCAAGAGCAAGAUCCAACUGGAGGCCAAGUUGAAUGAGGUGAUGGAGAGGCUGGAGGACGAGGAGGAGAUGAACGCCGAGCUGACGGCCAAGAAGCGAAAGCUUGAAGAUGAGUGCUCUGAGCUGAAGAGGGACAUCGAUGACCUGGAACUCACCUUGGCCAAGGUUGAGAAGGAGAAACAUGCUGUGGAAAACAAGGUGAAAAACCUGACGGAUGAGAUCAUGAGUCAGGAUGACGCCAUCAGCAGAUUGUCCAAAGAGAAAAAAGCCCUACAGGAAGCCCAUCAGGCCACACUGGACGACCUGCAGGCCGAGGAGCAGAAGGUGAACAUCCUCAGCAAGGCCAAAGCGAAGCUAGAGCAGCAGGUUGACGAGCUGGAAGGCUCCUUGGAGCAUGAGAAGAAGGUCCGGAUGGACCAGGAGAGAGCCAGGAGGAAGCUGGAGGGUGAUCUGAAGCUAGCCCUGGACUCCAUCAUGGAUCUGGAAAAUGAGAAGCAGCAGCUGGACGAGAAGUUGAAAAAGAAAGACUUGGAGGCCACGCAGCUGCAGACCAAGGUUGAAGAUGAACAAACGCUUGGUUCACAGAUCCAGAAGAAAAUCAAAGAGAUCCUGGCCCGAACUGAAGAACUGGAGGAGGAGAUGGAGGUCGAGCGUGCCACUCGAGCCAAAGUGGAGAAGCAGAGGUCGGAUCUGUCCCGAGAGCUGGAGGACAUCACGGAGAGGCUGGAGGAGGCCGGAGCAUCUACCGCCGCCCAGGUGGAGGUGAACAAAAAGCAGGAGGCGGAGUUCCUCAAACUCCGUCGGGAGCUGGAGGAGCGUUCGCUGCAGCACGAGGCCACGUCCGCCGCCCUGCGCAAGAAGCACGCGGACAGCGCGGCCGAGCUCGGGGAGCAGCUGGACAGCGUCCAGAGGGUCCGGCAGAAACUGGACAAAGAGAAGAGCGAGCUGAGGCUGGAGAUGGAUGACCUGUUGAGCAAUUUGGAGGGCGUGGCCAAAGCCAAAGUUCAUUUGGAGAAGAUGUGUCGCUCCUUCGAAGAUCAACUGAGCGAGGUGAAAGCCAAAGAGGAGCAGCAGCAGAGACUCAUGAGCGACCUUUCCGGCCAAAACACCCGACUGCAGACGGAAAACGUUGAAAUGUCUCACCAGCUGGAGGAGAAGGAGGCUCUUCUCUCGCAGCUCUCCCGGGGCAAGCAAGGCUUCCUCCAGCAGAUUGAGGAGCUGAGAAGGCUUCACGAGGAGGAGGUGAAGGCAAAGAUGGCGCUGGCCCACAGCCUGCAGUCCAGCCAACACGACGGUGAGCUCCUGAGGGAGCAGCUGGAGGAGGAGCAGGAGGCCAGAGCGGAGCUCCAUCGCUGCCUCUCCAAGGCCAACAGCGACGUGGCCCAGUGGAGGACCAAAUACGAGACGGACGCCAUCCAGCGUAACGAGGAACUGGAGGAAGCCAAGAAGAAGCUGGCGCUGCGUCUGCAAGAGGCAGAAGAAGCCAUGGAAGCCGUCAACUCCAAGUGCUCUUCUCUGGAGAAGACCAAGCAGCGGCUGCAGGGAGAGGUGGAGGACCUGAUGAUGGAGGUUGAGAGGUCCAACGCCACUGCCACCACCUUGGACAAGAAGCAGAGACAUUUUGAUAAGGUUGUAGCCGAGUGGAAGCAGAAGUACGAGGAGGGUCAGGCAGAACUGGAGUCAGCGCUGAAAGACGUGCGGUCUUUAGGCACCGAGAACUUCAAGAUGAGGAACACCUUGGAGGAAUGCUUGGAGCACGUGGAGACACUCAAGCGGGAAAACAAGAACCUCCAACAGGAGAUUUUGGAUCUCACGGAGCAGCUGGGAGAAAUGGGAAAAAACAUCCAUGAGCUGGAAAAAUCCAAGAAGCAGGCCGAGCAGGAGAAGUUGGAAGCCCAGACGUCUCUGGAGGAGGCCGAGGUGAGCAGAUGUUGUCCACAGCCUUGUCCAUCUUUGCUCCUUGUGACCACUAUUGUCUCUGUGCAGGCCUCCUUGGAGCACGAGGAGUCCAAGAUCUUGCGAGUCCAGCUGGAGCUCAACCAGGUAAAGAGUGAAGUGGACAAGAAGAUAGCCGAGAAGGAUGAGGAGCUGGAGCAAAUGAAGAGAAACAGUCAGCGGAUGAUCGACAUCCUCCAAAGCAACCUGGAUGCGGAAGUCAGGAGCAGGAAUGACACAUUUAGAGUCAGGAAGAAAAUGGAGGGAGACCUCAACGAGAUGGAGAUCCAGCUGAGCCACGCCACCAGGCAGGCAGCAGAAGGCCAGAAACAGCUGAGGAACGUUCAAGUUCAGCUGAAGGUGAGCAACGUGCCAACAUUAGGCCCGCACUCUCAAUCAGCGCUUUGUGCUCCCACCCAGGAGGUCCAGGUUCAGCUGGAUGACGUGCUGAGAAGCAAGGAGGACAUGAAUGAGCAGGUCGCCAUGGCCGAGCGCAGGAGCAACCUCCUGCUGUCAGAAAUGGAGGAAGUCAGAGCCGCCCUGGAACAGACGGAGAGGAGCCGCAAGCUGGCCGAGCAGGAGCUGCUGGACGCCGGGGAGAGGGUUCAGCUUCUCCACUCGCAGAACACCAGUUUGCUCAACAGCCGCAAGAAGCUGGAGGCGGACUUGUCUCACGUUCAAGGAGAGGUAGAAGACAGUGUCCAAACGGCCCAGAACGCAGAGGAGAAGGCCAAGAAGGCCAUCACCGACGCCGCCAUGAUGGCUGAAGAGCUGAAGAAGGAGCAGGACACCAGCGCCCACCUGGAGAGGAUGAAGAAGAACCUGGAGACCACUGUCAAGGACCUGCAGCAGCGUCUGGAUGAGGCUGAGAACAUGGCCUUGAAGGGCGGGAAGAAGCAGCUCCAAAAACUGGAAGCCAGGGUGAGGGAGCUGGAAAGCGAGCUGGAGGUGGAGCAAAAACACGCGUCCGACGCCGUGAAAGGAUCACGCAAGCUGGAACGCAAGAUGAAGGACCUGACCUACCAGUCGGACGAGGACAGGAAGACCUCCAUGAGGCUGCAGGAGCUGGUGGACAAGCUGCAGCUGAAGGUCAAAGCAUACAAGCGGCAGGCUGAAGAAGCGGAGGAGCAAGCCAACGCCCACCUGACCAAACUCAGGAAGGUGCAGCAUGAGCUGGAGGAGGCCGAGGAACGAGCCGACAUCGCCGAGUCCCAGGUCAACAAGAUGAAGGUCAAGAGUCGUGACAUGGCCAAGGUACGACGGCUGCGGCGUACGGGCAGGUUUUACACACGCGCGGGUUAGCGCUGCGCUGGCUAACAUUUGUCUUUCAGCAAAACAAAGACAGCGGGGAGUAGGCGGCCAUGGCGGCCAUCAAGAGGACAGCGCCUGCUGUGAACCAGUGGCGUCUGCAACAUCCGGUCAUCCCUCGCCGCAUCGCAGUUUGAACAUGGCUCCCUCGGCCCCUUGCUGUUUUACAAAA